CAGCCCCGCCCCGGCGAGGCGGAGCUCGGCGCGCGGAAGCGGCGGCGCGGGCGCAUGGAGCGGGCGCUGUGGGCGUGGGGCGCAAAUAGCUAUGGACAGCUGGGCCUUGGCCAUAAAGAGGAUGUACUGCUACCUCAGUCACUGGAAAUUUUUCCAUGCAACCAGCAAAGGAUUAAAAGUAUCACCGGAGGAGGAGGGCACUCGGCAGUUAUCACUGAUGCAGGUGAAUUCUUUGUAUGUGGCCAAAACAAAGAAGGACAGUUGGGACUGAAUCAUACAGAGGAUGUACUAUGUUUUACUUUGUGCACUGCAUUGUCCAGCUUGCAUGUGAUACAAGUUGCCUGUGGUUGGGAUUUUACAGUCAUACUUACAGAAAAUGGUGAAGUUUUAUCCUGUGGUUCUAACGCUUUUGGACAGUUAGGACUUCCCCAAACUUCAGGAGGAUGCUUGAGCCCACAAAAGAUUGAGUCCCUUAGGGAGAAGAUUGUGAAUGUUGCUGCAGGAAUCAGACAUGCUCUUGCUGCCACAGAAAGUGGCUUAGUUUUCCAGUGGGGAACUGGCAUGGCAUCUCGGGCAAAACGGAUGAACCAAGGCAGAACUAUCCCACCCUUUCUGAAAGCAAAGGAACCAUGUCGAGUAUCAGGCCUGGAAAAGGUAAAGGUGAAAAGAGUUACUGCCAGUUCUUACCAUUCGGUGUCACUUACAGAUAAAGGAGAAUUGUAUGUCUGGGGAAGCAACAAACAUGGGCAGCUUGUGAGCAAAGAGAUUUUUCUUGCUGAGCCAGUCAAAAUAGAAGCUAAUUUUUUCUUAGAUGAAAAGAUUGGAGCAGUCUGGAGUGGAUGGACCCACUUGGUGGCACAGACAGAAUCUGGCAAGGUCUUCACAUGGGGUAGAGCAGACUAUGGACAACUUGGAAGAAGUUCAGUUCAUGAUGGACAAAGGCAGGAGGUGUGCAGAAUAUCUGAAGAGCAUUCGGAGCAGUUAUUUAAUGUCCCAGUUCCUGUGCCUUACCUUACUGGAGCAACUCAGAUUGCAUGUGGCUCAGAACAUAAUCUGGCAAUAGUUGAUAAAAGAAACCAAACUGGUCAACCCCAAGAAAUCCUAGCUGAGAAGAGGGUAGGAUUGCAGCCUCACCCACCUGCUUUUGCAGAGGGGGAUCCUUCAAGUCUGCUUCUACUGAACGUUCCAGUCUGCCCCCCUGGAGUGCCCCCAGGUAGCCAAUGUUUCUCAUGGGGAUGGAAUGAACAUGGCAUGUGCGGAGAUGGUACAGAAGCAAAUAUUUAUGCCCCGAAGCCAAUCCCAGCUUUUGGUUCUGCAGAACUGUUCUUAAUUGGAUGUGGGGCAGGACACUCCAUGGCUCUUUGUCAGACUCCAUUAGAUGUUACACACAGGGAAUCAUAGCCUCAUGGGUUUGGACCUCUUUGCAUAUGGCUCCUCAGAAGUUUUGUGAGAAUUAGUUAUUAGUGCUAAAGGUGUAGAGAGAAAAAAGGGUACAAAUCCCUUCAUUCUAAAGUCAAAAAAUGAUCUAUUAUGCUGAGAAAGCUGUUUAAUAGAGAUGCACAUAAAUAUAUUACUGUAAAUUAUUUCACACAUUCUUUUCACAGGAGAUGACUUUACUGCCUGUGGGUGAAAUGAAUAAAUAUUUUGCUUUGACGCAGCAUAAAUGAAGCAGGAAGGACUUUUCCUUCGAUGUUUAUAACAACAAAAUACAAAGUUAUCUUAAAUGGUUUUAGUAGGUGAAAACUGAUUAUUAUUAGAAAAAGUGUUAUUUGCUGACAUAGGGGAGAGUUUGGAUGGGGUUUGAAGGAAGUAGUUUAAGGUUUCAGAGUACAUGUUUUGGUAUAUGUAUAUGUUGCUGAGCACAUGCGUCUCCUAUUGGAGCUGUGAAUAUCCUCAGCUUCUAAAAACAGGUCCAUAUUAAAUGCACACAUUGGUGAAUAUGAAUCCUAAUUUUUUAGAUAUUUCUAAGAACAAAACAACAAGUUCUGUUUCCAAGGAUAAAGUAAGUCUAAUUUAGAAGGCUGCAGGAGAAAAGGAAGUGGGGUGGCCCUCUGACUAAGAUUGAUAAUGUUUGCAUCUUACUAUUAUGCUAGUAUAAUGAUACUGCUAUCAUUGAAUUGCCUUCUGCAGUGCAUGCCCAAAUCCUGUGGAUUUAUAACAUAGAUGUGUCAACAAGUUCAUGUAAAACAAAAUGUAAAGGGAUUCUUUCUAAAGCUUAGCCACGUGGAGACUCUUUGACACUGGGAGAAGUAUGGUAGCAUUCUUUCUUUUUCUGUAAAUAGUCAAGGCCCUUUGGCCUUCUUCUGUGCCAGUUAAGCUUCACUUCUAAGCUUCUGUCAAAAAGAGCAUACUCCCAGUAACUGCCAAUAGCUUUCGGAAGGGACAGAAUUCCUUCUGCUUCGGUGUAUAUAAACCACCCUUAAUGUAUGGGCUUAAGAAAACCUCUCUAAGUAGGAGUCAUUCAGGUUCACGGCUUGUUAGCCCACCUUGAUAUGGCCACUGGAAACAGGGUACAGGUUUGAUAAUGCAUUGCUCUGCUCCAGUAUGGCAGCUCCUGUGUUUCCAAAUUUCUGAACUUCUCACAAGCUCACAAAAAAGGUGCUAGAGAUUUCCAAUUAAAUAUGCAAAAAUAAUUUCAGGUGAGCUCCAAGUGAGCCUAUUAUCCUUUGAUCAUUUAAAACCAGGCCAGAAUUACUUUUUCCCAGAUAGUGCUCAGUAUAGAAAAUUUAGUCUUAGUGAUGAUUUUUGGGAAGAAAUGGCAGAAGGGGGAUUUCAUCUCAAAAUGUCUCUGACUCAUUGUGUUAAACAGGAUUUAAAACAACUCAUUUGGUAGAUUCUUUUUUUUUCACACAAAUGCAGUGAUGGCCAUUAAAUUGGAUGUUUACCACCCACAGUAGUUAAAUUUACUUGUAGUAUUUGAGGUAUUUCAUAUUCUAAAUAUAGGGAAUGCCACUCUAUGGUAAAUAUCCAUUUCUAAUGAGACCCACUUCAGUUAAGCAUCUAAAAGUAAAUGAGCCUGUUGACUAGUAGUCUUACAAUGCCUGAAAAGUGAUGUAAUAUGAGUUUUUUGAAAAUUGAACAGGAAAAUGUUCCAAUUAAAACAAGGUAAUAAUAUGGGCUUCAGGGAUGUUUCUAUAGCAUAGUACAUCAGGGACUAGGUUCCUGAUAUUUUUCCAGUUUCAAUGGAAAAUACACCUGAAUGAAUGACUUCAGAAAAGUAUAAAGAUCAUAUCAAUUGAUCAAAGCCACUAAAAGAAACAGAUAGUAAAGACUAUGUGCAAGUGUUAUGUUUCUACUGGGAGAAUCUCAGUUUUUGUUUAGAAACCCAAAGUGCACAAACACAUUUUCUCUCAGACUAAAAAUGUCAGUUCCAGGAGAAAAUUAGCCCAAUUGCAGCCCAGUAGAAAUGGCUCCUGAGAGUUUCUCCCAGGAGAAGGAGUGCAUGUGUACACUUACUAUUGAGAUAGAAGGCACAGCUCUGUCUUUCAGCAUCUACUUCCCUACAUCCAUCCCAACUCCAGGGGGACAUUUUGUCAUUCAGGCUGGACUUCACUGUUCCAUCCGCUACUCCUGCCAGUCAUGGAGCAGACCCCUCCCUCUAACUGCCCCAGGGCCAGGAAAGCCCAUCCCCUUUCACCAGCUCUGCUAUUGUGCACUAGAGCUGCAGAGAGACAAAGGGUACUGAGAUAUCUGUGUCCCCUGCACUUGAUCCAGACUGCCAGAACCAUGAGACCUAGACCCCCCACACUCAGACCCCCACAACGCUGACAUGUACACCCCCCUAGAUCCCCACAUCCUUGAGACCUAAAUACCUGAACCAGGACCCAAAUCCAGGCCCAGAAAUUGACACUUCUGCAACUGAGAAGAGAGGAGACAUACUCUGGGUCUCCUCCCAAAGCCUCACAACAGGGUGGGAGGGAGGGGAGAUGUAAGCAGGACAUCCCUAGGGGAGUGCCACCAGCCAGACACUGUUGGCCUGUGUACUAUUGGCCUGUGCACUGCUCUCAGUGCUCUCUGGAAGCCAGGGGAGCCUGAGAGCAUGCUGGGAUGCUGGGAGACCCCUGGCUGUGUACCAUUGGCAACACUGGCACCCACCUGACCCCUCUGCUGUUUAUACCAAGCUCUCCUGGUAGGUUUUUCGAUUGGGAGAACAAAACUGCAAGACUUCCUGUGGUUCAUUCAAACACUUGUAUGUGGCCAAAGUGGUCCAAUAAAGCAAAAAAAAAAAAAAAAAAAAAGGACAGAACUGACGCGCUGAAACAUUGACCCCUCCCCCCCACCACCAUAGGUUAGGUAUAUGUAUUUAUGGUAAUAUACCAUCCAGUCUAUUAGGUCCUGCAUUUCUUCCUAGCUCCCCAGCUUGUCAUUCAUUGGCUCUGUUCCUGGUAACUUCUAGACCAAGGAUGUCAAACAUAUGGCUUGCAGGCCAGAUCUGGCCCACAGAGACCCGUAAUCCAGCUGCUAGUGAUGCCCCUUUUGCUGAGCCAGACCAUCCCUGUGCACAGUACCUGGGACAUGUGCCAUGCACAGCGUUCUGGGGCUGGGUCCCAGGCUGUGCUGCCCAUGGAACAUGCUAGGGCUGGUCUCAGGCUGUGCUGCCUGUGGCACUCACUUGGGCUGGGUUCUGGGCUGCAGUCAGACCAGUGCCAGGCUGUAUUGCACAUGGCACUGACUCAGGCUGGUGUCCUGGACCAGCCGUGUAGAUGCAAGCUGUGCUGGAUCAGGAAUGCAGGCAGUGGGUUGGGUCCAUGAGUCUAAUGUGAACCAGCCUUACACUACCCAUCCAGCCUAUAGGGCCAGAUGAGUUUGACAGCCCUGUUUUAGACCCUAAUCUCCUACACAAGUUGAAGGUUUCUUUUGCCUUCUAGCAGCUCCUGUGCUAAUGUUUCCUUCUAUUCUUUCCCCUUCUUUUUCUACAAACCCAUCAAACUUGUUGUUUUGCUCUGUUAAGUUGACCUUUCAGGGUAAUUUUGCUGGGAGGAAAGCUGGUUAGCUGGUAUGCAUCCUCCAAAACUCAAAGAGUUCCAGAUUGUCUCUUUACAAGCAUUUUGAUUUAUGCAUAUUGGUGUUGCAAUUCAAUUAAGGAGAGUCAUGCGAAUUCCGUAUCAGAAAUGCCUGUGAUUUCUUAAGCUAAAUGCUUUCCAAUUUUUCAGCAAUAUGAAAUUGAAAACACAUAGGGAGAUGGAAGGAUCGGGGAAAAAUGUCUUCUAACAUAGACUUUAUUUCUUAAGGAGAAUGAUGGUCUUGUGGUUAUGGUAGUGGACUGGGUCAGCUCCUGAGUCUGCCCCAGACUCCUUCUUGGUUUCAGUUUCUCACCUUUAAAAGGGGGAGAGCAACACUUUCUUUCUUGCCAUGUUUGUUUUAUCCAUGUAGACUGUAACCUCCUCAGAGCAGGGACUUGGUUUGGAACUCCACUGUGCUAUACAAUGCUAUACAAGAUAUCAAGUUGCAACUGUAGUACAAAUAAUUAAUAACCAUAUUUCAGUAUGCACAGUAUAGAAUAUCAAUAGCAAGUUUUUGAUUUUUCAUUUAACAAUAAAUACCGUAGUAUCUUGAUUUGUUUUUAGUUUGCCAGCAUUCUGUGUUUUGCAGAAUAAAACCUUUAGUCAGCUGAUACCUUUUGUGUGGAGAGGCUUUCAGCUGAAAGGACAGUUUAUAGGAAAGGGAGAAUGCAGGAAAAAUCCCAACCUCUGUCAGAAACCCCCUUUCUUGCUGCUUUCAAGAGAGCAGAAAGACUUUUAUUGGUCGUCUUCAGCGAGAUAUGAAACAAAUUUCUGAUUUCUGUCUGUCCAUGAGCAUAGUAGAACCAGGAGCCAAGGUGCUACAUUAAUUCUUCUGGAACAGCCCUACCUGUAAAAAGUAACAUUAUUAUGCAGGUCUUCCUUACUAAACAAAGAAGGCCUUUUACAUAAGAAUCCUACAUCCACAUUCAAAUGCAAAUAGCAAGGCUGUAAUAGAACACUAAAAAGGUAAGCAAACAUGAGUGCAUUGGGUUAUAAUAAGCAGACUUUUUUUCAUUAUCUGAAGACAAGCAAACCUGAUGACAUGCCUGGCUUUCAUGCUGAAUAAAGGUGGAGCCUAGAAAAUAACUUUCAAUGGAAAAGCAGGUUCAGAGGUGACAUGCAGCCCAGAGGGCUUCAGGCUCUUUGAAAAAAUAGAAUCUAUUUUAUGUGCUUUGGUUGUCUGAAAGUCAUAUAUUGUCUGCAUCCCAUUAUUAUUUGUGCAAACUCCCUGUGCACUAGUCAUAAGCUUUCUGGGAAGCUAAAGAUUUUUCUAACCUGUUUUAGGUUUGUCGGAAAGAAGGAAGAAAGAAUAUAUUCAUUAUUUCUGAGGUCUUGUCAUUCCUUGGGGAUCUAUUUAGGUAUCAUUGAUAUGGUUAGCUGUUUUGGUGUCCUUCAUUCUUUCUUGUUCUGCAACUGUUUCGGUUUGUGUGUUUGAAGAAAUUUAAAAUGUUCUCUUAUUUCAGCUAGCACAGCCAUUUCCCAACCCAGCAAAAGACCCAGUUAUUCUCUUCUCCAUUUUACUCACCCACCCAACACUGACACUUCCCUUUAGUAUUCUUAGUAUUCAUAUGUUUUCAGUAAUGUUGAUGUGUCUAUGGUUCUUGCCAUCUGGAAUUACCUGGCAGUUUCUAUGUACCUGGGAAGAGAGAGGUAAGGUCACUCAGCAAAAUGGCAGAGCACGGGGAAACUAUGGUGUUGCAGGAAAAAUGUGAUUGAUUUUUAUGUUAUGGAAUGUGUUUGAAAUCCUGGUUCUUGAAGCUGAGUUUGGAAAUGCAACAAAUGGUGUUAGCCAUUAGUAGCAGCCUUAGAGCUUAACUCUUUCAUGUUUUAAAAGCCAUCACCGUGCAGCUGUUACUUAAUUGAACAGUCAUUGGAGUCAGUGGAUUCUAUUAAAUUCUAUCGAUUUCAAAAUAGAUGCUUAUCCACUAAUUGAAUAUACCUAAUCAGGAAAGAAAUCAAAAGGAUUUUCACGGGGAGAAGGAACAGCUUAGAGUACAGGAAUAAAUGAACAGGCAAGGUUCUUUGACUAUAUGUGAUACCUUUUAUUAGACCAACUGAGUAGUUGGAAAAAAGUUCUUAGCAAGCUUUUGGAAUAAAUGAGGGCAGAAAGGUGCCAUAGGGUAUAUUAUUGGGGGGUCAUGGAUACAGCAUAGUCACUUAGGACAGCAGUGGUCUGGCAUGUUGAAGAGAUGCGUUACAUGUUAGUCUGGUCCCUCAAUUUUACGUAAUUGUCCAAUAUUUUUUAUCAUUCCAUACAAGCAUCUGAAUUUCUGAGAGUCACACUGGUGAAUUAUUGUAACUAUUAUUCAUAGGAAAAUCAGAUCGUGAAAAUCAGAUUGUGAGAAACUGUUCUCAGUGUUUUCAACUUUUGCCUUUAAUUCCAAACUGCUCUGCCUGUGUUCUCUUCUCUUCAUUCAGAUGCAAAAAAAAAAAAAAAGAAUUGCAGGAAGCAUUUUCAUAAAUGCCAAAGGGAUUUGGGAAGAUAAACUCUAUGGCUGCUUGUACAUGCCACGGGGGCUUACUUUGGUUUAAUUGUCCCUAAAUUGAAGCAGUGGGUUUUUAAAAGCACCACUUUAAUUUAGGGAGAAUUAAACCGAAGUAAACCCCUGUGGCGUGUACACAAGGGUCAGGACCAAUUCUUACCUGCCUCUUGGUGUGGGGGUAUGGGGCAAGCUGCCAGCAGGCAGAGCAGUCUCUGAGCUGCACAGUGGGAGGGGCUGGUACUUCCCUCUGUGGCAGUGGCACCCGCCAGGUGGCACCUGGCCCAGGCAGUUCUGGGGGCACCACAGCCAUGGAGGGAAGCACUGCCCCCCCGCCCCGCAGCCACAGAAGGAAGUACUGGGCCCCUGUGCAGCUCAGGCAGGCAGGCAGGCUCCAGGGAGGAAAAAAAAAGAUCAGGCUUGCCACUUUUUUUUUCCUUCAGUGGAGCCUGGUUGCACGGGCUGCUGCCAGGCUGCCUGCAAAGCCCCUGAGCUGCACAGGGCCAGGUGCUUCCCUCUGCCGCUGUUGCAGUUUGUUAGGUAGCAAACUAAAACACCUCGGGGGUGUUUUAUUUUGCUACGUCCCAAAGUCAUUUAAAGCGCAAUACGCUCCUGAGAGUGUAAACAGCAGUGCCAUUAAAGCGCAAUACGCUGCUGACACUGUAAACAGCAAUAUUUCUGUAUGCACAGUACAGAAUAUCAUUAAAGCGGUGAAAAGGGGCGUUUAAGCCACUUUAAAGGCCAAUUUUGUGGUGUGUACAAAGGCCCUAUGUACUUUCAUUAGAAAUUGUGGGCCUGAUUCUCUUAAGUACUUACAAAAAUGUCAUUCUCUGCACCUGGAAAACCUUAGUCAUAGGAAUGUCAAAAAUUUUGCUUGUAUCCUUGAGAAUUUUUUAUGGUCUCUCAGACAUUUUAUUCUGUAAAUUUCAUACACUGUGCUGCUAAUGACAAAUGACUUGGCUUCAGUAUUUUUGCUCCUAAUUUAACACCCAGGGGCACCUAAACUAGCUCAGUUAAGAAUUCACUGAUCCAUGAUGAACACCCUCUGCCUGCCGUGACAUCUAUGUGGGUGCAUAAUAAUUUUACAUAAUAGCAAUCUCCUGCUUUGAAAUGAAGAGGGAAGGAAUUCCUUAAAGGGUGUCACAUUCUGCAACCUACAAAUGACAUGACAAUUGCUAGUUAUAGUAAUCAGUAAGGAGAGGGUUUCUUAACCAUAGCUGAGCCAUAAUUGGUGGGAGGAUACGGAGAAGAAAUAACAACAAUAAUAAUAUAAGUUUCUGUUUCUUUAUCAUAAGAGUGCAUCGUGAUCUUUAUUUUUACAGAUGGGGAAAGGCACAGAACAUUGAAGUGAUUUCCCUAAGGUCAUUCAGCAGGCCUGUGGCAGGGAUGGCAAUGAAUAUCAGUUCUUCUAUGUCCCAGGCCAAUGCUCUAGUCAAGUGGCCACACUUUCCUUUUUUCCAUUAUUCAAAAAACAAACAAAUAAAGAAAAACAGUUCAGGAAAGUACCUAGGCACAUGCUUAAUGCCACAUGAAGCUACUAUGGGUUUAAUAAAAUACUCAAAAGGUAAGGUCAUGUUUAUAAGCUUUGUUCUGAAACAGGAUCGUAACCAUAGACAUACUGGGAUCCUGCAUUGCCUUGGGCACAGUGCCCACCAUUAGAGGAUUGGGGGAGGAAAGGGGAGCUGAAAAUGUGGCCUGUACAGAUCAGGUACACAAAUAGAGGCCCAGGAGCUUAUUACUGAAAAUGUUGGAUUCUAGGGGUGUGCGCAAUGGGCCCUAUUUGAUUUGGUUUCAGAUUCAGUCCAAAUCAGGGACAGUGUUUUGAUUUGUUGAUUCAGAUCACAGUCCCUGAUUCAAUCUGGCCAAAUCUGAAUCUGAAGAUUCGAUGCUGAUUCAGAGAAUCAGCAAUUCAGCCAUAGACACAGCUUUAAAUGUUUUUUCUACAUACCUCAAGGUACCAGGUGUGGCUUGUGAAUGCUACGAUGCUGGGGUGGAUGGAGCAUCCCACAGGAGUGCGGGAGGCCCCCUGCGUGCUCAGCAGCAAACCCGGAAGUGGACCGAAAGUACUUAUGGUCCACUUCUGGGUCCACUGGAGAGUGCACAGGGGGGCUCCCUCGCACCCCCCCAGCUCGGCAGUCGGCCACAGGGGGACCCCAGGUGCCCCCUAGAUCCAGGAGGCACCAGUCACCGGGCUGGGGGGACGUGGGGGGCCCCCUGACGUGCUCCCCGGCAGACCCAAAAGUGGACCAGAACUGCUUCUGGUCCAUUUCUGGGUCUGUUGCCGAGUGCGCUGGGGAGCCCCCUGCACUCCUGUGGGACGCUCCAUUUGCCCCAACAUCGCAGCAUUCACAAGCUGCCUGGUAUUUUGAGGUAUGUAGAAAAAACAUUUAAAACUGCAUCUAUAUCUGAAUUGCCGAAUCUUUCUGAAUCGCUUUGGAGGGUUCCGAUUCGAUUCAGAGAGAUUAAAGGGUCUCCUGAUUCAAUUCAGAGAUUCAGCCACCAGAUCAGGCCAGAUCUCCGCCGAAUCGAAUCAGUGACCGAAGCUUCGCACAGCCCUAUUGGCUUCAUGAUAUUCCCUCCUAUAAUUUCAAGAUGUUUGUGUAAACUUACCGCAGGAGGAGUAAAGAGGAGUGAUGCAUGCUUUUUGAUAUAUUUUUAACCUUGUUUAAGUUGCAAACAGUUAAUUGAAUUUGUUUUUAACAUAUGAUCAUUAAGAGCACUCGCAUUCAGAACAAAUGCUGCAUCUAGUUCUUUGGAUAAAGAAAAACUGAAAGACUAGUAUAAGAGGAUGAAAAGAUAUAUGAUUUUUUGUUAUCUUAAGUAACAGAGAUUCAAAGGCAAUCUGCAUAAAUUUAGGCAUUCAGAGUUCUUGCAGUGUGCAAGACUGGACACAAGGCUAUCUCUGCAGUAUUUAUGGAGAAAUGAAAUGAUUUGCUGCUUUGCUUUAAAGCUGAGGAGAGUCAUUGCUAUGCGGGAAAAUAGAACAGCCAUUCUUUUUUGCCUCAAGGUACCUUCCUCAUAUGUGUUUCAGUGCUCAGCUGAGCUCAGCUUCCCUGCUUUAUCUCUGCUCUUUCUCCUUUGGCAUUUUAGUCUGCUCAUUUGUUCCAGUAGCCAUUUGUUUCAGUGAUAUAUUUUCUUUUGGGCUCUGAAACUUUAAAGAAGGCAAUUUCUGUGAAAAAUCAUUUUGUCCAGAUUAAUGACCAUUACACUUGUCUGUUAUCACAGGGUCAUUAGCUAGAUUUCUUUUUAAAGUGGAAGAAUGGAAACCACUUCCCAAUUCUUUGCCAUCUAAAAUAGCAGUUUUAGAAUCUGUAUGUCAUUUAUCUAGUGCCAUGUGGGUCCAUGGAAAAUAAUGCAAUUUCUAUGAAUUUUUAGAAGAUAUGAGCAGUAUCUUUGCACAUACAAGGAUUCUUUCAGUGUUCUUGAUUGAUCUUCUCUUAAGUCACAGUACUGUUUUUAUAAAAAUUACAGUAAUUCUGCAGGCCUCUGACAUACUACAGUGAUGGGGAUCAGAUAGACAGACCUUCAUGUAAUAAAGCUAAGAUGUAAAUGUUCAUUUCCAGCAGCACAGAAGGAUUCUUAGAGGGUCAAGAGUACAAUGAAAAUAAUAAGCUUGAUUCUGAGCUAUCUUAACUGAUAUAAAAUGGGCACGUCUGCACAAGACGUUGACUGCACACUAUCAGUAUUGUGUCACAGCAUGGACAAUGCUAAUACAAUACUGCGCAGUAUUUUUAGGCUAAUGUGCAGUAGCGUCACCUUGUUUGCCGGCACUACUGCACAGUAACUUCGGUUCCUGCGCAUUUUAGUACUUGCUAAUACAAGUACUAAAUAAAUGUGCAGUAACGACUGCACAGUAGUGUGUUGUGUAGACGUGUCCAAUCAGACAUAACUUCAGUGGAUUUGCAGCAAUCUGCAAAUAGCGUGACAUCAAAAUCAUGGCCCGUGUAUCUGGGUUUUUUAUUGAUACAUGCCUACUAUGAAGAAGGUACAUUUUAAUUCAUAAAUGCUGUAAUUGUGUUUAAUGGAGCACAACCUACACAUAUAAACCAGACUUUCUGUUUCCCUAUUUCAUAAGUGUGCACACAUGCACACACACAUACGCACACAUGUGUGUUUGUGUGUGUGUAUGUGUAUGUAUAGGAGUAUAUGUAAUAUCUAUAAAUGGUAUAACCCUGUCACCUUCACCUUCCCUGAGAUUCUGUGCUGGGUGUUUUUGCUGCUUACUUAGAUAGGUGCUUCUGGAAAUCUCGAAACUCCCAGCUUCUGACUGCUAUGCUGUCAGAGCUGCUCAGGGAGAGAUCAAGGCCUGUCAUUACCACAGUCUGUCACAAAAGGAACUGUGAAAUCACUGAAAAUCUUGCACUUCAAAGUGUCUCCUGAAGGACACUGAGUAGGAAACGCAGCUCUAUUUCAGAAGGUUUAGUGAAAGCCAUCCAACAAGCACAGUGACUGCAGAGCAGAGAGAAAAAUAAGCCAAGAGGCAUAGAAAAGUGAAAGACCCAAUAUUAGCCUAGUAAAUGUGGUACUGGGAGAAGUAGGACGGAGUGACAAUGACCUCAGGGCUUAGGUACUCAAGCUGUUAAUUAAAGGGAAGGCUCUUAUCUGAACUGAGCAUUAGGGGAAAGGGAGCCACCUGUGUGGUAUUUCUUGGAUUCAAUUGUUAAUCAGUAUUAAUUAUUUUAUGGUAAUAAGGAGGUGUGAGUAGACUACAUACUAGGUCUCUGAAUACUGUUAUUAAAUUAAUAUAAAAGUAUAGCAAAAAAAUCUAUUUCUGGAAAAAAAAGUUAUGUUCUGCAAGGUUGGACCCAUGAUUAGCUUGCAUUCCAGAGAUAAGAAAUUGCAUAUUAUCAAUGGACACCACAGUGGCAUAAAAAGAGCUGGAAAAUUACUCUGGGAGUGAGGGAGACCAACUGAAGUAGAACUGAGUACAUAAUGCUAAAAUCAAAAGAAGCUUUGUGACUUGAUUCAGGUGUCAGUCUUAAACCUUAUUUUCUUCCUAAAGCAUAGCUCUUAUGGCAGCAUCCUAUGUUUCCUUUUCAGGGAGAGAAGAGUUAUUGAGGAAACAAGGGCAUUGGGUGUAUGUGGGUACGUGCAUGUGCAUGUGUCUGUUUAUGUAAUAAUUACAAUAGCCAUUGUAGUAGCUUCCUUUUUUUUAUUCAUAAGUCCUCAGGACCUCUCCGCUUUUAUUUCUUUUUUCAUUUUCAUCAGCAGUCCUGGAUGCCUUGCUUUCUGGCUGGAAUACUGCCGUGUCUGUUAAACGGUCUGAUACGACGGCAAAGAGAAACCCUUGAAGUACUUUACCAGAAAUGUCCACGCUAUUAGAGUGGCCCUGACAAAUGAUCCAUAGAUGUUAUGCCUGUAAAAUUGAAAUGAAGCUCAGAGUCAUUGCAUGUCUGAAUUCCAGCUGCUGCCCUUUAUGUCUGGCAGCUAAGACAUAAUUCAGGCACAUACAGUAGGUUGGCUUUGGAUUGCAUUUCAAGUUUCAGAGCAAGUGGAUUGCUGUGGCUCAGUGAAGAAUAAGUUGACACAUCCAAAAAAGUAAGGAAAACUGAAUUCAUUUUUAUCAACUAAAAAGGAAACUUUUAUUAUGGGAAGCAGCGAAAGAGGUGAAAAGAUACCUAAAUGAUUCUAGGCUUGUUACUUUCCCUUCUUAAAUUUAUUAGCGCUGUGAAUGCGUCAGACAUUGUUUGUAUCAAGUGUUUGCAGGCUUCAUUCAAAAUCAGUUGACCAACAUUAGCAUUUUAGAACCAAACCAAUACCAACCUUCUCUCUUACAUUUCUGUUGCGAACACUGUAUUUAUUCAAGAUUUCAGAAGCAGGUCUCUGAAGCUCCUGAUCGACUUCAGAAAGGAAUUCUGCUAUACACUCUACAGCAGGCACUGAAACCAUGAUACAAAAUUUAUUUCAUGCUAGAAUUGUUUUGCAUAACAUUUUGCAUGCAUUUUACUCAGAAGUACUAAAUUGCAUACAAUGCUGUCAUCUUGUUUCUUAAACUUUGAGACAAGUUUAUAUUUGAAUAUUCUCCUGAUUUUUUGUACUAUAAGUCCCAGUUUUAAAAUAACACCUUUUUGUUUAAAAUUCAUACUGAUUACUUAAUAUGAACAAUUUGUUAUGAAGGGUCUUCACGUUGGAUCUAUACAUCAAUAAAAUACAACAUAACCAGAGCUGGAAAUUAAAUCUAAACCAGCUGUUACUGUCAGGUCCAAAGAAAGGUCCUGUGUGUCACAAGCAUGCCAACAAAAACAGACAGGAAAAAAGGAGUUUCUUAAAUUUACACAAUUCUAGUUGGAUUAAAAGUUCUUGAUUUCCAUGUCAGUGUGAUGAGUUAUGAAGGCGUGGUCAAUAUGACCGAUGACUGCCCGAUUGCACUUUUUAAAACCAUUACUCUGUAUCUUGUAUACAAAAAAGAAGCAAUCCAUAGCAAAGAAAUGUACAGUUUUAUAAUGUUUUACAUUUUGGCUACAACAAUGUAUGUAAAAGUAAAGAACUUUGAAAGAAAA